GCUGAUACCUGGCAGGAACUCACCAAGAUCUGUACCUGAUAUCAACAUCUACAGAUUCAUUCUUCUCAAAGCACUGGGUUUUUUAAUUUUGGCCAAAGCCAGUGUUUUGUAUAGUCUGUAGUUCCGUGUUAAAAGUGAAAGAAAAUGGCAAUUGUGCUACUAGGAGGAGAAGGUUGGAAACCCACAGGUGGAAGGUGCAGAACAUAGCCAAAAACCAAAAAAAACUUAUCUUUCACAAUGGGAGACUUGAUUCUGCAAGACAAUAAGUAUAUCCGGCCAAACAUCUCCAGUACAAAAAGAGUCUCUUGGAAUCCUUCGUAUUGCCUGGACACCUGUGAAAACAAGCCACAUUUGAGAAGUAGCCCAGAGCUGUCUUCUAGGGGACUUGGAAAUGAACUUAAAGGUGUAUGCCUGUGUUUAUUGACAGCUGGGAGGAGAUUCAGCAUUGUUCACCGUUUAAGGAAAAAAGCAGCAGCUAGCACUUCAAUCCAGACGAGCUGGUUUUUGUUCUGCAGUAUGUGUUGAAGUUCCAUCAGAGACAGAGGCUGUCCAAGGAACGCACAUGAAGCUACUCUGCAUCUCCUGCAUGAAGAGGGAAGAGGUCACAGCCAGCACGGUGGUGGAAUGGUUCUACAGGCCGGACGGUGGAAAAGAUGAACCUAUCUACAAGUACGAGAAAAAGAUCCAUGAAUUUCCAAGCCGCUUCAGUGGUCGGUUACAGUGGAAUGGGAGUAAAGACAUGCAGGAUGUAUCCAUCACUGUGCUAAAUGUGACCUUGAACGAUUCGGGUAUCUACACCUGUAAUAUCACCCGCGAGUUUGAGUUUGAGAUUCACCGACCUCUCUUCACAAGCUCCAGAGUGAUCCCCCUCACCGUGGUGGAGGAGGCUGGAGAAGACUUCACCUCGGUCAUCUCUGAAAUUAUGAUGUAUAUUCUGCUGGUCUUCCUCACCUUAUGGCUACUGAUAGAAAUGGUCUAUUGCUACAGGAAAGUCUCUAAGGCAGAGGAGGCUGCCCAGGAAAAUGCGGCAGACUAUCUUGCGAUUCCAUCAGAAAACAAGGAAAACUGUGCCGUGCCUGUGGAGGAAUAGCAGAGAGGAGUCAGCGGAACAAACAGCACCAAGGGGCUCUGAAGACAGAAGGACCGCAUCAUGCCAGCCAGGUUUGAGGGGGAGCUCUGCGCCGUCAGGAGGAAAUACGGGGAAGUGUAAAUUCUCUUCCGUUUGCCUUGGACUCUGUACAGCCUUGACUUUGGCCUCAUGACUCCAUUCUGAGCUGCCAGCCCAUUUGCUAAAGGACUCUUCUUUUGAAGCAUGCUGAGCAAAGGGCACAGGGGUGCGGGCAGCACGGCUCCUUCCCAAGUUUCAGUCCCAUCAUCAUGUUAAUGGCUUUGUAAAUGUUAAGUGUCAUUUCUUAGCUGCUGUCACCACCUUUAUUUGCUAAAUAUGCUAGUUCUCCAUUGCAGAGGUAAAGGGUAUGUAUUUCAUGUUACUCUGACCUGCAGGACUGGGAAUGAGGUCAUCUUAGGGUGAUGUUCCACCAUAUGUUACAGCCCAAGCAGUCUUAUCAGUGUUAAAACAGGAAGAAUUUAGUUGGUUGUUGCUCAGUAAGUUGCUCUGGACUUCGGGCUGCCCAUGCACAGGCAGAGUAGGAUGAGGACUGUGAUGCAUUAGAAUUGUUGAAAAUGUGUAGUAGGAAGGACGAGUCCCUGUGCCAUGUUCCCACUUGCUUCUGGAGGAGGGAACUGAGAACAUAGAUCCUGAAGCACUCCUACUUUGGGAGGCAGUAUGACGUAAGUAUAAGAAUCCCCUGUACCCCUCCUCCCCCCCCCCCCUUCACUUAGCAAGUGUCAAAAUUCUUAGUUCCUUCCAUUUGCCUUGCAUAGCAGGUUUACUCCUCAAGUAUGCAGAGACACAGUGAUAGGAAUAACCUGCGGAGCCACGUUCUGCAACAACAGGCAAGCCAGUAGGACAAGGUAUGCAGUUCACCUGUUUCUGGGGAAACCCCCGAAAGGAAGACAGUCUGAUAAGUAGGCAAGGAAAGUAAAUAGGAUGCACAGCCCUCACAGGAAAAGGAUGGACAGCUUUGUAAAAUGGUAGUACUUUUUGUAACUGUGAUAGUUUUCUCAUACUACAGUGUAGCACCACCUAGAGGAAUAGAUAGAAAACGCUUAUUUUUUCCUAGUUGAUAGUAACUCUUUCUUGUGAUAAUUAGUCACUGGUUUGAAUAGUCAGCAUUCGUUCUAAGAAGUGAUCUGCUGCUGCACAGGAAUCAGGCUGUAAAUUCAGUGUUUCCCAUGCAAACUUACCUUUUCAAUUGUAGUGGAUUAAGCAGAGUAAAAUUUGUUUUCUGGCCUUAAGUGUAGAUCAGUUGAGCUCAACAACUAGGAUUACAAGGAGGAAAAAAAGGCAGAAACAUUGGCCAGGGUGGAAUUGUACCUUAAGACAAAAUGGGGAAAGGUUUGUAUUUUUCAUAUAACAGAUGUUGUUACAUCCCUGCUGCAAUGGAGCCUGUACUGCUUGCAAGAGUUGACAAAUUUUGCUACACUGACCGCUUUUAAAUAGUUACAAAGUGCUUGUGAAUCAAGGCAUGCUUCCCACCUAUGGAAUUUCCUCUGCUUUGUUCUGCUGCUUUUUAUGUGUUGCUAAAAUCACAGAAAUUACUCCAUUUGUAAGAAGUCAGUCCCAGGCCAGAUUUCAAACUGGCAGUUGUUCAAAAUUCCUUUUUUAGAGUGGGUGUCAACUUUAGUAAACUACUACAAUCCAGAGCCGAGUCUGGCAACUUGAGCGCAUUUUCCAGAUGAAGCACACUUGUAGUCUGGGCAUUGGUUCCUUAAAACUUAAUACCCAAAAGGGGAAAAAGCAGCUCCUCUUCUAAUUCAGCUGGAUGUCUUCAUUUUCCCUAGGCCAACCUGCCUGGCCUCGGGGCAAUUUUGGGCAUAAUCCUAACUCUAAACUCACAGCAACAGAGGAGGGACUAGAUUGCAACUCCAGUGUUUCCGUCACUGACCGCGGCAUUGAUGCCCACGGUGAUUUUUAGGUAAGGUCACGUAACCUCUCUCCCACUUCAGUUCUGCUCCUCAGUCCCUGUGAAGCAUUGAUAAUUGUCUGGUGUCAUAAUGUUAAGUCAAAAAAGGAGUAAACUGAGAACUUCUCGAGAGCUACCUUAGGUGGUAGAGAAGGGCCGUCCUCUAGUCCUGCACCUUCCGGUAUCUUACAUGCAUCUUCUUAAGAUGCUCUUUUUGGACAUAAUCUUUCACUUUUCCAGUUCCUGCAGACAGAUAUGACUAUUGCCCUCUGUUGUUCUAGGCAGGAGAAAAUGGUGUCUGAAUUUUGCUCGAGAUUCUCAUAGAAAAAAAAAAAAACAAAACCAAAAAAAAAGGGGGGGGGGGGAUUUUUCGAGGGUGGUCUUAAAGGCAGGCUGUGUCCUGGAAGAGAUGGUCCUGGUUGGUCUCUGAAAAGACUCUCUCUGUAUUUGGAAAUGACAGAAGAGACUUUAGAAUAGGCAGGAUAAUAAAAAGAACAAAGCACUCACGA